AUGCUGACCUUUGACGCUUCUGACAGGACCUGGAUCGCAGCCGCUACGAGGCAUGUCUGGAUUCCCCGCACAACAGCCGCAAGCACAAACCCGAAACGGAGCUCUGCCCUCUGCACGAAUGCCGAAUGGAAAAUUGGGUAUGGUCUUAUUCCCUCGAUGGACUGUGGCGCAGCAAAUUGGAACUUCAACCUCCCUGGGACCUCCGCUUUACCAAACACGCAGCAACGCAAUAUGGGGACAAUGGGAAGCUUUGCGCAAAGUCUGGGCGGCUCCCAAUCAGGGACACCACUGGACUUGAGUGAAUUUCCCUCGCUUUCAGGCGCCUCGCAGCAAUCGCAAGCUCAGAGCCCCGGGCAAAUGGUCUGGGCCAACGCGAGCCAGCGAGCGGCAGGACACACGCCGGUCCAACGACAACAACAUCCUCCGACCUCGCAACCUCCUUCUCGAGCCUCCCAAACCCAAUCAGUCCCUGUGCAGCCAUCACAACCCGCCAACGAUGAUAUGUUCCCUUCGGGAGCUCAAUUUGCUAAUCGGCUGGAUGAUUUCAGAAAUGGUGGACAGGGGAUCAACAGCCAGCUAACAGCGGGAAGUCAACCUCAGACCGGCAAUAUUGAUGAGUUCCCUCCAUUAGGCCGGAAUGUUGCCUCGGAACUUCCUCAGGCGCAUCGAGACGCUUUGAUGCAGAAUGCUGGGUUUGGAGGCUAUAGUUCGGGUAUGAUCGGCCUUGGUUCCUCACGGUCGCCCGUGAAUCAAGGACCGAAUGGUGUUCUGGGUCAGGAGAAGGAAGACUUGAACAACACCUUAAUGUCGGGCCAACGCAACUUUAGCGACCCCCAACAAUUGCAGCCACGACAGCAGCCGGCCAACGAAGGCCAGGCUGCUUCACCUGCUGCGAUGGCUCAAAGCGGCGAACAACCUCCCUUCGAGGAAAUGAGUGAGCUGGAUCGUUUCGGCCUGGCUGGCCUUCUGCGCAUGAUCCACCACGAAAACCCCGAUAUUGCCAGUCUCGCGGUCGGCCAGGACCUGAUGACUCUUGGUUUGGAUCUGAAUCAGCCCGAGCCCCUCCACACUACGUUCGCGUCUCCUUUCGUCUCGUCGAUGUCCGCGAUUCCCCUCGAGCAGGACUUCUCUCUCCCCUCAUGCUACAACCAUGCCCGUGACAUCAUGCAGGAGCUCGCGGCGGAGGAGUUGAUGGGUCGGAAAUGGCGGUACCAUAAGCUCGAGCGCUGUUGGUUGACCCGCGACGAGUCGUAUCCAGGCCCUGUGGAUGUCGAAAGGGGCGUGAGCGAACGGGGCAUUUACCUUCUGUGGGACCACUCGACAUGGAAGAAGGUUCGGCGCGAGUUUAUUCUUCGAUACGAGGACCUCGAUAAUCGCCUCGACCCCAACCGCGGCAUCCCUCGUGCUGUCGCCCCCGUGCACUCAUGA